AUGCCUUUCAACACUGAGCUGACGCGGGCACUUGGCAUCAAAGUGCCCGUGGUACAGGGUGGCAUGCAAUGGGUCGGCUAUGCAGAACUCGCCAGUGCAGUCAGCAACGCUGGUGGUCUAGGCAUAUUAACAGCGCUCACGCAACCCACGCCCGAAGACCUUCGCAAGGAAAUCCGACGAUGCCGCCAGAUGACGAAGAAUCCAUUCGGCGUAAACCUGACGCUCCUCCCUGCUCUCGUACCCCCGGACUACGCCGCCUACGCUCGAGUCAUCAUUGACGAAGGGAUUAAGAUUGUAGAGACGGCUGGAAACAGUCCAGGCCCGGUCAUCAGGCAACUGAAGGCUGCCAACUGCAUUAUUCUACACAAGUGUACGACGAUCAGGCACGCACAAUCUGCCGUCAAGAUGGGCGUAGACUUCCUCUCCAUUGACGGCUUCGAAUGCGCCGGACACGUGGGCGAGACAGACAUCACAAAUUUCAUCUUGUUAAGCCGAGCGCGCCAGUCGCUCGGCGGCGUGCCUUUUAUCGCGUCGGGCGGCUUCGCAGACGGCCAGGGUCUAGCUGCUGCGCUGGCGCUGGGUGCGUGUGGAAUUAACAUGGGUACCCGCUUCAUGUGUACCGUUGAGGCGCCUAUCCACCAGAAGAUCAAGGAGGCCAUUGUCGACGCACAGGAAACGGAUACGGAGCUUGUCCUGAGGAGGUGGAGGAACACGACGCGUCUGUUCGGAAAUAACGUUGCGAAGCAAGCUGUCAAGGUCGAGAAGGAGAGCACAACUGGCAAGUUCGAGGAGGUGGCGGAAUACGUCAGUGGGAAGCGUGGGCGUCAGGUGUUCUUGAAUGGUGACAAGGACUUUGGUGUAUGGACAGCAGGUCAGGUCAUAGGACUUAUUCACGAUAUUCCAACAUGUGAGGCACUGUUGACGCGAAUCGAACGCGAGGCAGUGGAAACUUUGCAAUCGAAACAGGAUCUCUACAUUCAGGAUGGCGACAGGCCUUUUAGCGCGACAGGCACUGUGGGAAAGAAGACCAAUAAUCCUGGUGCAGAAGUGUGGGGCGUUGGCAAGAGUAAGCUAUAG